AUGACCGACUCCAACAACAAAUCUCUAACACCUCUUUCCGAAUUUCGAUUGAGGAAUCCGAGAGAUUUUAUAAGAAUACAAACAGAAGACAUACACAAUAUGUUUUUUGAGUUGAGGAGAACGGAGCAAGAUGCAGACAAAAGAUUGUUUUCAAAUUCAGAAAAAUUAUUAAAACAAAUGCAAGAUCUAGCCGAGGAACAAAAGAGAGUUCUUAGUGGAUAUAACUAUAAUGCCUUGGUGGAGGAUAAUCACUCAAUAAGGAAUGAAAUUGUAAAUAGAAGCCUUGUAAAACAACAAGAUAUUCAAAGAAGACAUUCUAUCAAGAAACUUGAAAAACAAAUCAGGCAAGAUCAUUCUAGAUAUCAACGAGAAGACCAGAUUGACCAAAAAUCAGAAGGAUUUUUCAGAGGAGGUCAAGAAAAUGGAGCAUUUCAUGAAGUUGCAUUUCUUAACUUGAAAAACAACAAUAUUCAGGCAACCAUUGAUACAAAUUUUCUAGACAAUACAUAUUUUGAAAAUUGUAUCGAACAAGAAAACAGUCAAGAAAACAAAACACCUCCUAUUAGAAUGUUUCAUUCCAAGAGUCUAAGGAGGAAAUGCUAAGUAAAUAGAACACAUUUAAAAAAUACAAUCAACUCUCCCUUGCCAAAAACAUGGGAAAUAAUAAUACAUCGUCAAGUACAGUUAAUGCAAA